CCAAACUUUGACUUUGCACUCUCACACAGCGCCCCAAAUGAUUUAUUUAUUUUUUUUAUGAUUCAUUAUUCAUAUUACACAAAGCUUCUUUCAUUCAAACACAAAGCUAUUUUUACAGUAGUUUGCAGAGUCUCAUCUGGUAGUUCAGAAAAAAAUGAACAUUGGUGAAUGUGAAUGUACUGACGAAACGUUUGAUAACAUAACAGUAUGGAUGGAUAUGUAUAUGAAACGCCCCCUUUCACGUCAUCAUUCUUCUCAUUUUUUAUUUUUUGAGUUGCACUUUUUUUAACGCAUAUAAUGUAACCUGUAGGCUACCGUGUCAAAUAAUCAUUGUUCUGCCUUCAUCGUGUUAGCGUUCAUAAAUGCAAAUAAUCGGGAUUAUGGAGACAUUAAGACAUCUUUUUGGACAAAAAGAUGUCUUGCUCGAUCUCAAAACUCACUGCAAUUAUAUCUGAAUAUCAACUAUCUUCAACAAACAUGGGCUUUCCAGUUUCAAGUUCAUUGAUCUUCGACGGGACCCUCGACCAUUGAACGUAAUCGUACCAAACAGGAUGUAAAAUUACAAUGGCUUUAAUUUAUCGAGUCGUCAACGCAACGGACAUAUUUUAAGAUUGUAAUUGAACAACAAUUCAGGCGCCCACGGCAAAGAAAGAUUUCAAAUUCGAGAUGUUGAGACGACUGCAGCCAAUGGAUUCAUUCAAACUCUGUGUGGAUCAGUAGAAAAUGAAAAAAAACCUAUUAUGCGGAUGUAAUUAAGACUAUUUCUCUUCUUCAUCAUCACCCAAUCGUCCAAUUCAGAUGUCUUGUGUCAACAACAACUAUUAGUUCACCUAUUAUUAGUUCAACAAAUUCGAUGAUCUGACAUAUUUUCCACCUAAAUUUAAAACAAGGCAGCAGCAAAUGGAAAACAAAUAAAACUGCUCUUGGUUACAGACGCUCCAAUUAUUUUGACUGGAUGACGACAACAACAACCGAGUGUUACUGUACAGUGUUCAUAAAAAAGCGGUCGCACAUAUUCUAACCCCGAUAAACGAAAAGGGGCAACGUGCAUCCGGAAUAACACUUGUCGCGCGCAGCCUUGUAUCCAGACUUCGUGCGUCAAUCCAAUGUGCGCGUCUGGUUCGAAACUAUACAGCUGCACCCAACAGAUCCUUCGAAAACUGUGCGACUUGUACAAUGGAUAUUGUCGUGCAAAUGCAGUUUUGUAAUACGUGUCCAUUCGCUUCCAUUUACUGGUGCAAGGUAUGGAUGCAGAUAAAUACCUCGCUGGUUGCUAGAACUUUUUCAGAGCAUUUCUUGCCAUCAUUUCGAUAAGGUUGGAAAAUGAAGUCGCUCCUAACUUUUGUUCUCGUCUUCUGCUUGGCAAUUAUUGCCGUGGAAGCUCAGACUAAAACAACGGCCAAGGGGCAAGUAACGUCUACAAAGCCCAAACUGACAACUGUCAAAUCAACACUAAGAACCACAACUCGUAUUAAAUUACCGACAACCCCACCGAAAACCAGAACGACAACCCGACGACCGACAACUAGACCGACGACUAGACCGACGUCUAGACCGACAACCAGAAAUCCUAUUACCACAACAGCCGCCACAACUAUUAAAUCCUUUAAAGUUUGUCAGGACACAAAUUCAGCAGCGGCCAGUGGAUCCAUUCAGCCAUUAGACGGACUAAAACCAGUCGCAACGGGAUCGCCGAGAACGUGCAGCUUUUCCAUUGUCGUACCUUCGAAUCAACAAGUUCAGAUGUCUUGCUCGGUCGCAAAACUCACUCCAAUAACAACUGUCUUAGACAACGCAGGAGGAAUUGAAAUAGUUUCAAGCUCAUUGACCUUCGACGGAACCCUCGACCUUCAGUCUUUAUACAAUGUCGUACCAAACAGGGUUUACACUUCUUACAGCAAUGCAAUGACUGUCACUUAUCGAGUCGUCAACGCAGCAGACACAUUUAAUUGUAAUUGGACGACAAUUCCCACGACAACGACAGAUUUUAAAUGGUGUCGAGAUGGUGAGACGACUGCAGCCAAUGGAUCCAUUCAAACUCUGCGUGAACCAGUAGGAAAUGGAAAUGCCAACGCGGGGAUAAGGAAAGCAUGUCCCUUCUUCAUCAAUUCAUCACCCAAUCGUCAAGUUCAGACGUCUUGCUCUUUCAUUACUUCUACAAAUUUUGCUCUAUCUACAACUUCAUAUUUUAGACAAAACUGGCUUUUUCAACCUAAAUUCAACAAGACAACAGCAAAUAGCAAUCAAGUAGAUCUGCUGAUGUUUUAUCAAGCUACCGAUACAGAUUCUGCAAUUAAUUGCAAUUGGAUGACAGCAACACCCACCACGGCGACGAGAGAUUUUAACAACUGCUUAAACGUAAAAUCAACGACCACAAACGGGACAAUUAGCCCAGCAUUAGUCAAUACGAACGAAUUAAAAACUUGUUUAUUCUCCAUUUUUGUUCCUCUUGGUCAGCGCAUUCAGAUGACUUGUAACUAUAACUCUACGAAUGUCGUCAUCAGUUCUGGCAGCAUUCUGAGAUUAUCUGAAACUGCCCAAAUUGCAACUUCUCGAUUGCCAUCCUUGUUGUUAUCCACAUCGAUAAACAAUCGAUUAGACGUUUUUGCUUCUUACGUAAAAGGUGAUAAGUUUCUGUGUGGUUGGACGACGAUAACAAUUCCACCAACCAAGGACUUUAAAGUUUGCCGAGAUGGAGAAACAACGGUAGCCUCUGGAACAAUCUCCCCGCUAGAAAACACAAAUACCACUAUCUUUGGUGGUGUCUGUCGCUUUAUAAUUACCGCACCUGCUAAUGUGCGCGUUCAAAUGUCGUGUCCGUUCAUCAAUCAAUUUACCAACAUUUUAUUGUAUGAAUACGACACCUACAUCUCCUAUAUCACUAAUAAACCUGUCGUCAACCAGAUUUACACAUCAAAGGGAAAUCAAUUGUUCCUUGAUUUAGAUCUGUCUGGUUUUGCGGGCACUAUUUGGUUCAAUUGCACUUGGACGUUCGUGUAAGAAUGUUUGUGUAAUGGCCCCUGAAUGUGUGUCCUCUUCCCCCAACGACUAGGUACACUUCGUUCCCGAAAUGUCAACCUCGACAUUAUUCAAGUGAUUCAACACCUUAUCAUAGACAAAGACCAUUCUUCGUCUUCUUUAUCUAUGACCUUAUUACAGGCCCUACUGACUGUUCCAUCUAAAAUAUUUUCAAAUUUAAUUUUUUCAAUUUAAUUUUUGUAUUCAGGUACAAGGUAUUAUUUUUCCGUGGUAUAUAAAGCCACUCUUUUAUUGUUAUGUCUGUGUGGGUUCCAACUUCCAACUUCCAAUACACUAUUAAUCUAUAA